AUGAGGGUCUCUAGUCUCUUAUUCAUCGCUUUCUUUUGUCAAUUGUGUUACGGGAAGGGUGGUAAUAAAAGGUACCACUAUGGUGAAAAUGGUCCUUGCAACAACUCUAAGAAAGCUCAAAGUACUCCACAACCAACGGUAACUCCUCCUAGUCAGCCCACUCCCAUAGUUGAUUCCAAAUCAAAGGUAGAUACCUCCCUCUUUAAUGUCGUGGACUCUGUUGAGGACAAUGUCAAGGUUCUUAAACUAACGGCUAAGGAGGGUACCUCUACUAACAAGCUUACCUAUGGAUCUGACACAAUAUGGCCAGGGAAGAAGGAUGUAAUGUGUCUCUCGGCUGUCUUGUAUCUGGAUAGAGACCAACCUACUCUGGCUGUUAUAAGGACUAAAGGUAUUAAGAGUGGUGCUGAAUUUACAGUCUACAAGUACCAUAAUGGUAAAAAAUGGAAGAAUGGUAAUGAGAGUAAUCAUAAGAAGAAACUCAAGGAACUGCAAGAUGCCGCUAAAGAAAAAGAGUCUACAGAAACAGUCGGAGAUAAUGUAGAAGAGAAGGCUAGACCUGCUGAUAAACCCGUUGUAGCUCAGCAGGCUCUUUCUACACCUACUCAACAAGCUGUUAAACCUGUAACAGCCUCUUCUGGAAAGGCAGACGUUUUGGAUCUUACCAGUCCAGAUGAGUCCAAGGUGGAUAUUCUCAGAGCUAGUAGGAAUGAAGUGGAGAAGGAGAGUCAGCUCUCCUAG